CAGCAAGUAAGGCCCUUCUGGGGCUGCAGCCCCGCUCUGGGUGUGUGGCUGCUUCCGCCUCUAGGGGAAGGUGAGCUGUUUGCGAUUCUCCCGCCUUUUAUGUCCGCGGUGACACUCACUCUGUCUGACUCGCCCAUGAGUCUCCUCGGGAGCUACCGGAAAAAGACCAACAAUGAUGGCUAUGAAUCUUUGCAGCUGGUGGACAGCAACGGUGACUUCUGCAGCAGCCGGGAGCGAACCGGCGGCGGCGGCGGCAGCGGCAACCUCGGCAAACAAGGGGUGAUCCCCGCGGUGGUAGCAGCAGCCAGGAGCCCAGCGCGACAGCAUCAGCAUCAGCCGCUCGACUGCAGCACCAUGGACAGCUCAGGUGCCUCAUCUCCUGACCUGGAGUCUAGCUAUGGGGGAGGACUAUUGGACAUGAUGAAAGGUGGUGCAGGGAGACUCUUCAGCAACUUAAAGGAUAACUUGAAAGACACUCUAAAAGAUACUUCUACUAAAGUGAUGCAAUCUGUUGCAAGCUAUGCCAAGGGAGAACUAGAUAUUUCUUAUAUUACCUCAAGAAUUAUUGUGAUGUCAUUUCCGGGUGAAGGAGUCGAACUGGGAUUUAGGAAUCAUAUUGACGAUGUGCGGACAUUUCUUGAUUCAAGACAUCCUGAUCAUUACACAGUUUUCAAUUUGUCACCAAAGUCUUAUCGUACUGCACGUUUUCAUAACAGGGUAUCUGAAUGUAGUUGGCCAAUUAGACAAGCACCAAGUCUCCACAAUCUCUAUGCUGUUUGUAAGAAUAUGCAUAACUGGUUGCAGCAGAAUCCCAAAAAUGUUUGUGUCAUUCACUGUAUGCUAGAUAUUUAUAGCUUUACUGAUGAAAAAGUGGAAGACAUGGAAUAUCAUGUUCCUAAAAGGUAUUUAGGAUAUAUUUGUGAUCUAAUAACAGACAAACCUGUCCAGCCUCACUGCAAGCCUAUAACCAUCAAAUCAGUCCUUCUUAGCCCAGUGCCCUGUUUCAACAAGCAGAGAAAUGGCUGUCGGCCUUUCUGCGACAUACUUAUUGGAGAAACUAGAAUAUUUACAACAUCACUGGAAUACGAAAGAAUGAAGGAAUUCCGUGUUCAAGAAGGAAAAGUUGUUAUUCCACUAGGAGUCACUGUCCAUGGUGAUGUAGUUGUUGCUGUCUACCAUAUGCGAUCCACCAUUGGGGGACGACUUCAAGCUAAAGUAUGAAUUGAUAUAUCUUUUAAGUGCAAGGUUGAACAUUCAGGCUGAUCUAAAAUAUUUUAAUAGUAUGGUAUAAAAAUUGGAUUUAAGCAUAUUACUCAGAAAAACUGUUAGAGUAAUGAGUAGUUUCACCCUAGUUAAAAUGGUUGGAUAUGAAAAAGCAAUUUUGAAAAGUUGUGAUGU